AUGGGUUGUUCUUCUUCAAAUAGUGCCGAUGUUAAUAAUCCUGGAAAUGCUCCUAAGGCUGAGGUUAUUUUCAUUUUGGGAGGUCCUGGAUCUGGUAAGGGCACACAAUGUGAAAAAAUGGUUAAGGACUAUUGUUUUUUGCAUGUCAGUACUGGAGAUUUGCUCAGAGCUGAGAGAUAGAAAGGCGGGCCUGAUGCGGAAGAAUUAGAAAAUAUUAUGAGAGAAGGCAAAUUAGUUCCAUCUGACACGUUGGUGAAGUUGAUCAAAAAAGAAAUUGAAUCUUUUGGAAACACAGGUAGAUAUAUAUUGGAUGGAUUUCCAAGAUCAUAAGAUAAUUGGGAGAGUUGGACCAGAAUUAUAGGAAAUUCAGUAAAUGCAAGAUUUUUGUUGAUGUUUGAAUGUUCUGAAGCUGUAAUGGAGUAAAGGCUUUUAAAGAGAGGAGAGACAUCAGGAAGAGCAGACGAUAAUGCCGAAACAAUAAAGAAAAGAUUUGCCACUUUUAUGAACGAAACUUAACCAGUUGUAGCGACUUUCGAGAAAUAGAAUAUGGUUGUCAAAGUAAGUGCUGAAGCAACACCAGAUGAAGUUUAUGAAAAUGUUAAAAAAUAAUUAACCAAUAAAGGUGUUUAACCAUAAAAACGACCUGAGGUUUUAUUUGUUUUAGGUGGACCAGGAUCAGGAAAGGGAACUCAAUGUGCUCGUAUAUCUAAAGACUUUUAAUAUGUUCAUUUGUCAACUGGAGAUCUAUUGAGAGAAGAGUAGAAAAAAGAAGGCCCAAUGUAGGCAGAACUUAAAGCUAUUAUGGAAGCAGGUAAACUUGUUCCAUCUGAUCUGGUUGUCAAAUUGAUGAAAAAGGAAUUAUUAAGGAGACAAUUUAGAGGAAAAUAUCUAUUAGAUGGGUUCCCUCGUAACUAAGAUAAUAUUGAUUCUUGGAAUAAAAUUUUAGCUCCUUUGGUAGAUGUAAACUGUUUACUCUAUUUUGAAUGUUCUGAUGCUGAAAUGACAAAAAGACUCUUGGAGAGAGCUAAGACAUCAGGAAGAGCAGAUGAUAAUGAGGAAACAAUUAAAAAGAGAUUAACUACUUUCCAUUCUGAAACAAAGCCUGUUCUUGGAGUUUUUAAGGAUCAAAAUAAGUUGAAGGUCAUUAAUUCUGAAUAGUUAGUUGAUGUUGUUUAUUCAAAUGUCAAAAAAUAAUUUAAAAGUAGUGGAUUAGCAGUUACACAAAAUGGUUAAAGACCUGCCAAAGGAAAAUAUGUGAUUGGUUUGAUUGGAGCUCCUGGAACUGGAAAAUAAGUUCAGGCAUCAAGAAUAUCAAAGAGAUUUGGAUUUCAACAUUUCUCAACCAAAUUACUUAUUAGAGAUGAGAUUAAAAAGAACACUCCUGAUUCAUAAACAAUCAAAGAUUGCCAAAAAAAUAAUCAACCUAUUCCAGGCAAGAUAGUUGUAAAAUUAAUAAUUGCUGCUGUCAAUUAAUCAAAAGCUAGAAAAUUCAUAAUUGAUGGAUUCCCAAGAAAUUAAGAUAAUCUAAAUGCAUGGUAUGCUUAAACGAGUAACCCAAUUCGUCUGAAAUAUAUUAUGUGUUUUGCUUGUUCAUAAGAAGUACUUGACAAGAGGAUUGCUGCUGAUGUUGCAAAAAAGGAUUAGGCUAGCAUUUAAAGGAAAGUUGAAAUAUUAAAUAAUCAAACAAACUAAAUCAUUUAGAUGUUUAAGAAAGAUGAAAGACUUAUUGAGAUUAACACAGAACCUUCAGCUGACGAAGUAUUUACUGAAAUUGAAAAAGUCUUCCAAGCCAAAAAGCUAGAUAGAUGA